UCCCGUCCUGCUGCUCUGUCCCCUGCCCUGAACAUCCUCAUCCCUCUUCCCUCACAAGGAGCUUGUACUGGGAGGGGGCAAGUUUCCCUUUCAGGUCCCAUCUCUCUUGGCUUUCUCCUAAGCAGCCUCUCUGGGACUGUCCUGGGCAUCUGAGCGCGGAGCUGAGUGGAUCACAGGAGCCAGGCUCGGGGACUGAGGGGUACUUAAAGCCCAGAGCGGAGGUGUGAUUUGCCUAAGGUCACCCAGCAAGUUAGAGACUCAGCUCCACCACUUAUUGUAUUGGCCGUGCCUUCUCACCUUCCUGCCCCACUCCCAGCUCUGUGGACUCCCAACCCAUUGCAUGGCUAUGGAGAGCAAAGUGGCAGUCCACAAGGAUGGGCCUCCUGUGGUCUUCUGGGUCCCUGAGGAGGGAGAGAAGCUGGACCAGGAAGGUGGAGACCAGGUGAAGGAUCGGGGCCAGUGGACGAACAAGAUGGAGUUUGUGCUGUCAGUGGCCGGGGAGAUCAUUGGGCUGGGCAAUGUCUGGAGGUUCCCCUAUCUCUGCUACAAAAAUGGAGGUGGAGCCUUCUUCAUCCCAUACUUCAUCUUCUUCUUCACCUGCGGCAUCCCAGUGUUCUUCUUGGAGGUGGCACUGGGCCAGUACACCAGCCAGGGCAGCGUCACGGCCUGGAGGAAGAUCUGUCCCCUUCUCCAGGGCAUUGGUACGGCGUCUGUGGUCAUCGAGUCCUAUUUGAACAUCUACUACAUCGUCAUCCUUGCCUGGGCUCUCUUCUACCUGUUCAGCUCCUUUACCUCCGAGCUGCCCUGGACCACUUGUACCCAUAACUGGAACACAGAGCAUUGCAUGGACUUUCUGAACCACUCGGGAGCCAGCACAGAGACCCCCUCUGAGAACUUCACCUCCCCUGUCAUGGAAUUCUGGGAGAGACGAACCCUGGGCAUCACCUCGGGCAUCCACGACCUGGGGGCCCUGCGCUGGGAGCUGGCCCUGUGCCUCCUGCUUGCCUGGGUCGUCUGCUACUUCUGCAUCUGGAAGGGGGUCAAGAUCACAGGCAAGGUGGUGUAUUUCACAGCCACCUUUCCCUACCUGAUGCUGAUCAUCCUUUUGAUCCGCGGCAUCACCCUGCCCGGAGCCUACGAGGGCAUCAUCUAUUACCUGAAGCCAGAUUUGUUUCGCCUCAAGGACCCCCAGGUGUGGAUGGACGCCGGCACCCAGAUCUUCUUCUCCUUUGCCAUCUGCCAGGGGUGCCUGACAGCCCUGGGCAGCUACAACAAGUACCACAACAACUGCUACAGGGACUGCAUUGCCCUCUGCUUCCUAAACAGUGCCACCAGCUUUGCAGCCGGGUUUGUGGUCUUCUCCAUCCUGGGCUUCAUGUCCCAAGAGCAGGGGGUGCCCAUUUCUGAAGUGGCUGAGUCAGGUCCUGGUCUGGCCUUCAUCGCAUUCCCCAAGGCUGUGACUAUGAUGCCCUUGUCCCAGCUGUGGUCCUGCCUUUUCUUCAUCAUGCUCAUCUUCCUCGGGCUGGACAGUCAGUUUGUCUGUAUGGAGUGCCUGGUGACGGCCUUCGUGGACAUGUUCCCCAGGCAGCUCCGGAAGAGUGGGCGGCGAGAGCUCCUCAUCCUCGCCAUCUCCGUCACGUGCUACCUGAUAGGGCUCUUCCUGGUCACCGAGGGCGGGAUGUACAUCUUCCAGCUGUUUGAUUAUUACGCUUGCAGUGGCACAUGCCUGCUCUUCCUUGCAGUGUUUGAAGUAAUCUGCAUCGGCUGGGUGUAUGGAGCCGACCGUUUCUAUGACAAUGUUGAGGACAUGAUUGGCUACCGGCCAUGGCCCCUGGUGAAGAUCUCCUGGCUUUUCCUGACCCCUGGACUUUGCCUGGCCACUUUCCUCUUCUCCUUGAGCAAGUACACACCCCUCAAAUACAACAACAUCUACGUGUACCCUCUCUGGGGGUACUUCAUUGGCUGGUUCCUGGCUCUCUCCUCAAUGGUCUGCGUCCCACUCUUCAUCAUCAUCACCCUCCUGAAGACUCAGGGUUCCUUCAAGAAGCGCCUGAGACAGCUCAUCGCCCCUGACCCCAGCCUGCCAAAACCCCAGCAGCACCUGUAUCUGGAUGGUGGCGCAGACCAGGCCUGCAGGCCCUCCCCAACGAAGGAGGGGCUGAUAUCUGGGGAGAAAGAGACCCACUUGUAGGAUGUGGCUGGAAGCUGAGUGGCUACUGAGCCAGGAACCUCGGUCAGGGCCACUCACUAACUUCCAAUGGACAGCCUUCGCCUCUGUCCCCUACCACAGUCCUGCUGAGAACCUUUCAAUGUCCCUGGGGACCCCCAGAGGGACGCCAGCCUCCUCUCCUCUCCUCAGCUGCAGCAGCUCUUCCUGACGGGCUAAAGGUGGUCCCCCUGGGACGUGCCAUGCUAUGAAGCGACUCCCUGUCGGAACACACCAUCUUAUUAUAAAGGAGGGUGGUCUGAUUCUAACACAUAUUGUGAGGGAACUCCCACUGCAGGGAUGUUUCCUGUUCGAGCUUACUGUAUGCCAUGAUCUGAUUCAGAGAGCCCAAUGGAACAUACCGCGUUGGAAGUGGCAACUGAACACACCACACUGGAUUCUGACAUUCCAUUAAACAGGGUCCUUCAUGAGGCUUAGCGUUCUGGAGUUCAUGGCGAAGGAACUAGAGAAACGGCCAGGAGGCAAACCUUCACAUGCCACCAUUGUCUUGAGUUUAACUGGAGGUGGUCUCUCAAGGUGUUCCCAGCUCCAGCUUCAGUUCCACACUCUUGCAAUGCUGUCAUCAACUCAUUGGAAUGGAAGGGACUUAGACACAAUCCCUUGACUUUGCAAAUACACAACACAUAUGUCUCUACGGGCCUCUGCCCAAAAAAAGACAUUGCUAACCCAUCACAGGUCCUUUCCCACCUCAAUCCUUGUAGAUAUAGUGCUUCAGGCAGUCCAUUUGCCAUCCUGCUUUUGUUCAACCCCCUGACUCCAUGGAUGAGGAAACUGAGGACCAAAGAGACAAAGAGACUUUUUCAAGUUCACACAGCUCCCCAGGCCAGAUGUACAACUAAAACCUGGUCACCUUGUUCUCAGGCCAGUGUUCUCCCCGUUACAGCCUCCUGCCUUAGUUAACAAGCACGU